CUCGUAUUUUCCAAACAGAACGUAAGCACUUUUGCAUAGACCUUCCUCACGACAGUCUUCUGCCCGCGAGUCACAUUAUGAGCAGUUUCUGAGAGUUAAUACCAAAUAAACGUUGCUCCUCAAGACAGACAGGAACAGACAGGAUACCAUGGCUCAACAGAAAAACGUGGAGGGCUAUGUCGGGUUCGCAAAUCUUCCCAACCAAGUUUACAGAAAGUCUGUGAAAAGAGGUUUCGAGUUCACGCUUAUGGUUGUGGGAGAAUCUGGUCUGGGGAAGUCUACGUUGAUUAACUCCCUAUUUCUGACCGACUUGUACUCGUCUGAAUACCCUGGGCCUUCGCACAGGAUUAAAAAAACCGUACAGGUGGAGCAGUCGAAGGUUCUGAUAAAGGAGGGAGGAGUCCAACUUCUUCUCACUAUCGUUGAUACCCCCGGCUUCGGUGAUGCUGUUGAUAACAGUAACUGCUGGCAGCAGGUGAUUGAUUACAUUGACAGCAAGUUCGAGGAUUACCUGAAUGCAGAGUCGAGGGUCAACAGAAGACAGAUGCCCGACAACAGGGUGCACGGCUGUCUCUAUUUUAUUGCUCCUUCUGGGCACGGACUAAAACCUUUGGAUAUCGAGUUCAUGAAACGAUUACACGAGAAAGUAAACAUCAUCCCGCUGAUUGCCAAAGCUGACACGAUGACUCCUGAAGAGUGUCAACAGUUCAAGAAACAGAUCAUUAAAGAAAUCCAGGAGCACAAAAUCAGAAUUUAUGAGUUUCCAGAGACCGACGACGAAGAAGAGACGAGGAUAGCCAGAAAAAUAAAGGAUUGUUUACCCUUGGCUGUGGUCGGUAGCAACACAAUUAUUGAGGUGAAUGGAAAGCGAGUGCGCGGCAGGCAGUACCCGUGGGGAGUGGCUGAAGUGGAAAACGGAGAACACUGUGAUUUUACCAUCCUGCGUAACAUGCUCAUCAGGACCCACAUGCACGACUUGAAGGAUGUGACAAACAACGUUCACUAUGAAAACUACCGCAGCAAGAACCUCGCUGCUGUCAGCUGUAACGGAGUUGAUAACAAUAGGAGCAAGGGACAGCUUACAAAACCUGAAACAACUGAUGGCAUGAGUCCUCUCGACCAGAUGGAGGAGGAGCGACGGGAGCAUGUCGCCAAGAUGAUGAAAAUGGAGCAAGAAAUGGAACAGGUGUUUGAGAUGAAGGUCAAAGAGAAGCUCCAAAAGCUGAAGGACUCAGAGAUGGAGCUUCAGAGACGUCAUGAGCAAAUGAAAAAGAACCUGGAGGCGCUGCACAAGGAACUGGAAGAAAAACGUCGUCAACAGGAAGAGGAAAAGGCCAGCUGGGAGGCUCAGCAGAGAAUUCUAGAGCAGCAGAAACUAGAGGCCUCAAGGACUUUGGAAAAGAACAAGAAGAAGAAAAUAUUUUAAUAUUUACGGGUGGCCCACCUGAUGUAACUUUGUGUUUUUUUGUUUUUUUUUUUGCUUUGUUUUGUUUUUGUUUCUCAAUUUUUUGCCAGCCUUGUCAAAUCAUUGGCCAAUAAACCUCACUUGUUUCUAAAAAAAAGUCUGACCAUAUAACUGUGAAACAAUCAAAGUUAACUUCCGUGGUUUUGUAUAAACUCUGAAUUUGCUUCUCAUUUUAAAAAUGUUAAUCUUCCUAAUUCGGGGCUUGUGGUUUGGAAAACGAUUGUAUUCCCCUUACUUCCUUGACUUGUGACUCAUAACCCCUUUAUAUACCAAAAACAAACCAAAGAUGUUAGGCAGCAGUUUGUGUGUGUGUGUGUGUGUGCGUGUUUGUUUCCUCACUUUUUUAUUAUUGGCGCUUCUAUCAUCUGUAAUAUAAACCAUAUAAUCGUGAAUGUGCAGUGUUUUUCUUCAACUAUUGUUUUUUUUUUUUUUUUUUUUAACUUUUGUAUUAGGCCUCUACCCCAAACCUGGGUUCCUUAACUAUACUGUAAAAGCUUCAUGCAAAGUACAAAGUCCUCUGUACUAUGUAGUGUGUGCACACUCACCAUCGUCAGUGUCAUCAGAUUGUGGAAAGACUGUGUGGAAUAUUGGUAGAAGUGAGAGCUGAAGCUGAGCACUUGUCACUCAAACGGGUGUCAAUGACGUAACUGGUAACAGCGGCGGCUCGCGCUACAUCAAAAUUUAGCACUGUGUGUUUAACUGCAUCUGUAUUUUUGUAAUGUUUUGUAAUGGUUUUUAUUAUUCAAAGUCACACAAUAAAAUUGUGAUGCGAAAAAAAUA